AGAGGGGCUCUGUGUCUGCUCCCCGCCCGGGGCCUGCCCUGCCCUCCGCCGGCGAUGGAGUAUGUGGGUGAAGGAGAGUAAAUGUUGUUCCAUGCUGCUGUGAUGCGUGGGGGAAAAAGCAGCUGUUGGCUGGAUUUGAGUGUUCUCCUUUGCUUCACCCCUGCCUCAGAGGUUCAGCAUUGGACAGAGGGGGUCUCCUGCCCAGGGUGAGGUUUGUAUGUGUGGCCACCUGCACCUUGCUGCCAUUUCUUGCCAAACCACUGGUGUGUUCAGGCCUGUGACUCAGCUCCCAGAUUUUUUCCAGGGAAGAUGUUGGUAGCAGACCCCAAGCAUCCCCACUCUGCUUCUCUUGCCUCAGCUGCUGUGUGAAUUCCCAGUGUCAGGUGCCUGAAAGUAGUCCACAUCCCUCUGUUCCUCAUGAUCCAUAUCUUCCUGUGGUGGCAGGGCACAUGGAGCAGGACAUGUCCCCAGAGCUCCUUGGGGGCAGUUGUUCCAGCUGCUCUGCUCAUCCUCUGCUGCAGGGGCAGGAGCUCCUGGCAUCUGCCUGGCAAGUGGCAGGGCUGCAGCCUGGGGAUGGGGCUUGGGACUGCCUGUUGAGGCAGGGCCGGUGUUCUGCACCUUUGCACGUCUCCAGGUUUGCCUUCUGCACUCAGAGCCCACUGAGGGGGAGCUCUGAUGCCCUGGGGUGGACUCUGGGGCUGGGGGGGCUGUGAUGGUAGCACCUCUGGUCCCCAAGGGCUGGGAGCUGCCUGUAACAGUAACAGGCUGUUACAGACUGGCCUGGAAGGUUCUGAGAAAAUCAGCAAUUACUCUAGCUUAUAAGAGCAGAGAUGUGUCUGAGCAGGAGCUUCAGCUGGGAGGCUCAUCAGCCCUUUGCUGCCUGGAGGUGAUGGCUGCUCCAACCCGUGGGGUGGUGGAAAGGGGCCAAGGAGACCUUCCUGCCCCCUUGCAAUUCCCUCCUGCUCUCAUCCUGGGAAGCAUCAGGGCUCACAGAGCUGCCGUGCCAGGCAAGCCCAGGCCCACAUCAACCACUUUGUCCAUCGUGGGCAAACCCCAGUGCUCCAUGGCCACUUGAUGCUCCCCUGGCAACAGGGCUGCACUGGCCCCUCACCGGGCCAGCAGCUUCCUGCCUCAGGGCUUCCUGCUUUUCUUUAGAGGAGUGGUGCUGCGGCCACAGGAAGGUCACAGCACUGACUGAGCAGCCAGGGGCCCCUGGAGGGGACAGGCAGUGUGGAACAGCCAGCACAGGCUCUCUGUGCCCGUGGGACCACCGUGGCUAAGCUGGGGGGGCAUGGCCAAGGAGAUGCUUCAGUGAUGGCCCCACUCGUGUGUGCCACAGCCCCUCGCAUCACGGAGGUGGCAAUUCCCAGCCCUGUUGUGGCUUUCCCUGUCCCCACGGCAGUGUGCCAUGCUUUGUGAAGUGGGGCAGGCAGCUGCUGGUGCCAAGCAGUGUUGGGGGAAGGCUCCAAGCAGGGAAAGCCUUUUCGUUGGCCUGGAUUUACCCAGUUUUGGUUUGUGGACAGAGCAUCUGGUGGUUCUUAAGGAUCUGGCUUGUCUUGCGUCAGGGGUUGGGUUCUGUCUGAACUCCUAGAGGGGAUGGGGACAGCUCUCAUCCCUCACUGAGGCCAGGGCUGUGGAGGGCAGCGCAGUCGGGCUGGCCCGAGUUCCUGCUGCAUGCAAGUGCGCCGAGGAUAGGGCAGCAGGGGAGAGCUGUCCCUGAGCCCCCUGAUCCACAGGUGGGAGUUUCACCCAGCUCCCCGAGGCUGAAGGGGCCAACUUUGCCCCCGGCACGUUCUUGCCGCCCCUCUCCCGCUAGCUCCGCCUGUGACCUUGAUUUUUCUGCUCCAGAUAAGCGCUGCGUCCCCACCCCUCGCCGGGAGCCCCUCCUGCGCUGCCGCCCCAGCCCCAGCGCAGCCCGCGCCGCGGGCAGAGCCUGCCCUGCCGCCUGUGAGUCAGCACAGCUCUUCCGAUCAGCCGCAGCCCCUUCAUCUCUGCUCCCGGGAGGGGCAGCCGGCAUGCGGGAAGCAGCAACGAUUAGCUGCAGCCUCUCCCACGGGCUCCCCACCGCGGCUGGGGGUUUGUGCUGAGCCCUGCCUUGCCCAGCGCACAGCCUACCUGUAUCCUGCUCCUGGCCGUCCUCCUCUUUCUCCCAGCAGCCCUCCAGGCAAGAUCUGUGCUCUCAAAAGGACUGCAUGUCCCCGUAUUCCAGGAAGCUGCGAGCACCGGUGUCAUCUCAGCAUCGCUGCUCCCCCCGGCAGAGCCCGGCAAGCCAACAGCAGCUGCUCGCCGCCGGCACGUGGGUUGGGUGGCGCUGGCUGCCACACAAGGACCUUGUUCCCUCCUGGACAGUGCUCGGAGCAGGGCUGGGAUGGGCUUGGAUGCGCUCUGUGUCUGCCUCAUCUCCGGGCUUUAAAUAUUCAUGCUUUUGAUUUUCUCUUAGCGGGCAGCGGCACAGGGGCUGGAGCGAGCUGUGGGGCGGAGGAGGGUGGCUGUGCCGAGCCCAGCAGCAGGGGAGAGGGAGCUGGAGCUGGAUGAAGACAAUGGGUUUUGUUGCUGGCUCGGUGUUGAAGUGGCUUGAGGACCUCCAGGCUGAGCCCAGAGCAUUCUGAGCUCCCCUCCCUGUGCCAGCAGCUCCGCGGCCCCGUUUCCUCCCUGCUGUGGCGCGUUGCUCUCAGUCUGAACGGAUCUGCACAUCCUUGCUGCUGCUGAUCACGACUGAUCAGCUGUGCCUGCACGGUGCCAGGCAGCCCCUGGACCUGCUGCCUGGCAUGCCAGGCCCAGCUCUCCCUGCCAGCCAUGUGAGGCUGGCGUGGACCUAGCGCAGAGUUCGGCCAAGGCUUCUGCUUGGGGGCAGCUUCUCGGCGGCUGCAGGCACUCGGACUCUCUGCAGGGCCCCUGUGAGGCCCAGCUGGCUGCAUCCACCCUACUGCCACUCGGGACAGGGCGGCUGUGGCCCUUCUCACCUGCCUCCAGCAUGGAUCUCCUGCAAAAGAGCAAAUACAGCCACCUGAGGAAUGAGUCUGUCUCCUCUCCGGAGGAGGCCGUGGCAGGCCUCCUGCCCUCCCCAGUGGAGUCCCUUGCAAGCAUGCAGUCUCUGCCUGGUUCCCUGUCCUCCUCCCUCAGCCACGCUGCACCUCUCGUGGAGCUCUCACCUGAGCUGGAGGAGAGCCCUACCACGCUCUGCUCCUUCUUCCCCAAAAUGGCCAACCUGAAGCUCUCCAAUCCCGCCAACUUGCUCAGCUUGCGGGGCUCUGCAGCCAGCAGCAGCCCAGGGGAGCCUGGUCCCCCUGGGAUGCCAGCACUAGUGCCAGGGGGUGGUGCCAGCCCCGGCUCAGGGAGACCUGUUGCUGUCUGUCCCCAGGAUAUGAACAAGCUGAGCUGUGGGAAGAAGACGCGGGUGGAAGGCGGCCAGCUGGGGGGUGAUGAGUGGACCCGCCACGGCAGCUUUGUCAAUAAACCCACCCGCGGCUGGCUGCAUCCAGAUGACAAGGUCAUGGGCUCUGGGGUCUCCUACCAUGUCCGGUACAUGGGCUGUGUGGAAGUGCUCCAGUCCAUGAGGGCUCUGGAUUUCAACACCAGGACACAGGUGACCAGGGAGGCCAUUGGGCUGGUAUGUGAGGCUGUGCCUGGUGCCAAGGGAGCCGUGAGGAGGAGGAAGCCCUGCAGCCGCUCCCUGAACUCCAUCCUGGGCAAGAGCAACCUGAAGUUUGCAGGCAUGCCCAUCACCCUGACCAUCUCCACCAGCAGCCUCAACCUCAUGGCCUCAGACUGCAAGCAGAUCAUUGCCAACCACCACAUGCAGUCGAUUUCCUUUGCAUCAGGGGGAGACCCGGACACAGCUGAAUACGUUGCCUAUGUUGCCAAAGACCCCGUCAAUCAGAGAGCCUGCCAUAUCCUGGAGUGUCCUGAAGGCUUGGCCCAGGAUGUGAUCAGCACCAUCGGGCAGGCCUUCGAGCUGCGCUUCAAGCAGUACCUGAAGAACCCUCCAAAGCUGGUGACCCCCCACGACAGGAUGGCAGGGUUUGAUGGCUCUGCCUGGGAUGAAGAAGAGGAGGAACCAGCCCCGGAUCACCAGUACUACAACGACUUCCCUGGCAAGGAACCUCCCAUUGGGGGGGUCGUGGACAUGCGGCUGCAGGAUGGGGCUGCUCAGACCCCAAAUCACUUGGGUGCCACACUGCCCGUUGGCCAAUCCGGUGGGGAGUAUGACCCCCAGAAGCAGCACGCUCCUGCCCAAGCAGGGAGAGAGAAGUACCCAGCUCCAGCAGGCACGGCUGGGCGCACAGACCUCUUUGAUGACCCGUCCUACGUCAACGUGCAGAACAUAGACAAGACAAGACAAACUCCAGCUGCCAGCACCCCUGCCACAGCCAACGGCAGCACGCAGAGGGACCUCUUUGACAUGAAGCCCUUUGAAGAUGCCCUGCGUGUGCCCCCCUCUGUGCCUGUGGGGCUGCCCCCUGCCCAGGUGGUGGCCUCCAUGGAGGAGCAGCUGAGAAGGGAGCCCUGGUACCACGGCAAAAUGAGCCGCAAGGAGGCCGAGAAGCUGCUGAAGGUCAACGGGGACUUCCUGGUGAGGGAGAGCACCACCACCCCGGGCCAGUAUGUGCUGACUGGCUUGCAGGGUGGGCAGCCCAAGCAUCUGCUGCUCGUGGAUCCCGAGGGAGUGGUGCGGACAAAAGAUCAUCGCUUUGAGAGCGUCAGCCACCUCAUCAGCUACCACAUGGACAAUCACCUGCCCAUCAUCUCAGCCGGCAGUGAGAUGUGCCUGCAGCAGCCCGUGGAGAGGAGACUGUGAGCGCCCGGGAACCCCGGUGCACGGCACCCCCAAUGCGCAGCCCUCCGGCCGUGUUCUUGCCCCACGGAGCCCUCAGACUCUUCAGGUGCUCCACCCGGGACUGAGCACGGACUUGCCCGAGGACAGGGCCUCUCUCCUUUCACCACGUGGAGCUGGUGGCCAUGGGGGGCUCAGGCUGUGAGUGCCUGCAGGGUAGGGAAUUGUUCUUGCAAAGCCUCUCCAGCUCCAGCCUUUGCAGAGCAGCUCAGCUCCUACCAAAACCCAGCCCUGCUGCUGUGCCACAGCCAUUCUUGUGCUCACCAGCACGGGCUCAGGACUGGCAGGGCUGAGCCCCCCUGAGCCAGAGGCAGCCUGUCCUUAUCUCUGGCCCCUGGGCCAAGGAGGGGGCCCGUGGGGGGCUCCGCUCCCCCAAGCACGAGGCCCUCGACUGUACCGGAUCACUUUACGUGUUUAACUCUGUGCCUUGACCCCGCAGGUCCCACACUCUUAUGCAAGGGCAGGGGCUGGUUACAGAGCCUCCCCCAUGCUCCCAGCACCCUGUACCCUCUCCGUGACAUGCUUGUGCUCCAGGACACGUUGCCACCAUGUCCCCUUCCCUCCCUGCCCGUCCCGGCUGGGCAAGGGCAGCUCCGGCAGCCCCGGGGGGUUGGCGGGAGGACCCCCCUGCAUGCACAGUGUAACUCCCCCAAGCCAAAGCGCAGCCUCGCAGCCCCUGCCCCGCUAUACCAAAGGAACUGGCGGUUGUAUUAAAGUUGG